GUGGUACUUGGACGGGAUCACGCGGUUUUGUUGAUCAUGGCCGGCAGUGGUCUACGGUGUGCGGGGUCCGGCAUGACGGCGAUGGAUAUCUGGUUCAACAAAGUGCUUGAGUGUCUGACGGUGCGAGAAUUACAACGGACGGGACGACAUUCGGGGCUUCUGACCGUGACUGGAAAACGCGACGAUGAAAGUAUUUCCAGUGCUUCUACGAGAUCGUUCAUCUCAAGGAGGUGAACCCACUAAGCCUAACCGACAAAGAAACAGCUCGCAGAGCUCGUCGCUCUUUUACCGGGUUUUGUGGGCGCUUCGAGCCGAAGGAGCCUGUUACUCGAUGCAGUCCUUGGCCGAACACUUUCGAGGCGACGACUCCGGCCGACGUCCGGCCGAAGCCCUCACGGGCCGACGGCCCAGCUCCCCGAGCACGGCAGCCGUCGUCCCCAUUGACUGCGGCUUCACCAAGACCGACCUGGCGCUGGCAACCAUACCGGGACAAGACGACUUCGACCCGAGCCACCACCCCUUCUCCGAAGACGAGCUCAAGCCCCAGCCCAUCGUGAAGAAGUCCCGCAAGCAGUUCGUCCCCAACGAGCUCAAGGACGACAAGUACUGGGCCCGCCGUCAGAAGAACAACAUCGCGGCCAAGCGGUCCCGCGAAGUGCGCAGGGUCAAGGAGAACCAGAUCGUCCUCAGAGCAUCGUACCUCGAGAAAGAGAACAUCGCGCUACGGGAGGAAGUUCACAAGCUGCAGCAGGAGAACGACAUGCUCCGCAAGAGACUGCACGAGUACGAGCCCUGACCAAUGCCCGAUCCGACGGCCGGGGCCCAGGGGUCGUCUUGGGGCUACGCGUGUCCGCCGGCAGAAGGCGGUUGGCACCGCUACGCGGACGUGGGGGUCCAAUGGACGGGCGAGAGUGCAGACGCGAGGUGCACGAACGGGUACGGUUGAUCCGGAGGACGAGCAGCAACGCAGAUGUGAACCGUCUGGCAUUCUGGCCACCCGCCCACAACGAUUGGGCGUGAUGUUCUGCAGCGAUCGAGAGGACAUCAAGUGCAGACAAUGGUGUAGAUAUAUCCAAAGUAAGUGUUCACGAGCCCCUUUCCCGAAUCGUCGGCGGGCAGAUGUAUACGUGGACUCUCCACGAUGAACUUGAGUCAACCUUUAAUGCGAUGGGAAGUUACGUAUAAAUAAUAAAAAUUAAAAAAAAACUUUGGCGACGUAGUUGCUAAGUGGAUGUUAGUCUGAAAGGAGCAGUUUUUCUGUGGAAUGGUCUCGUGUUACG